GUUCUGGAAGCGUCCGGUGAAGUGUGCGCAGGAAGGCGCACGCGCGCGUUAGCAACGCCAGAUGCGGAACGUAGUAGAGAACCGGAAAAAAGAUUUAAGGGAUGCAGAGCCUGAACUUCGGGAUUCAAUUUUAUAUAUGAACAUUAGGAUUAUUGAUGUUGGAGCCCUGAUGAAUUUUUCAAAGAAAUGCCCAAAGGAGCAUUACUGAAAAGAAAUCAUCCUCCUUUAUUCGGAUAUCGCCAGACUUGAGAAGUAUGUAUUAAUAUUAGAUUAGGUUCCUUUGUUAUGUCGAAAACACUUCCCGGAAGCUGCACAGUCGAAGAUGCUUUGCCUUUGGCGAUCCCUGAUCGAGGUUCUAAACCAAGGAACUGGGGUUUACUGCUCACCAGCGUGAUUGGUGGAUCAUUAGUGGCCUUGUAUGCCGUUACCACUCCAUUUAUUGCUCCAGCACUGAGGAAACAUUGCCUGCCGUUUGUGCCUGCCACUUCAAAGCAGAUGGAAUAUGUCCUGAAGAUGCUGAAAGGCAGACAUGGGUCCCUGGUUGACGUAGGGAGUGGCGAUGGCCGCAUCGUAAUAGCAGCUGCAAAAGUUGGAUUCAGAGCUGUGGGUUACGAAUUAAAUCCUUGGUUAGUAUGGUAUUCCAGGUACCAAGCUAUGAGAGAAGGAGUCCAUCAAAAUGCCAAAUUUUAUAUUUCUGACUUAUGGAAGGUCAAUUUUUCUCAGUAUAAAAAUGUUGUUAUAUUUGGAGUACCUCAAAUGAUGCUGCCGCUGGGCGAGAAGCUUGGAGAAGAACUCCAGCAAGAUGCCAGGGUCAUUGCCUGUCGUUUUCCUUUUCCCCACUGGAGCCCAACUCAUACUUUUGGGGAGGGCAUGGACACUGUAUGGGCAUAUGAUUCAGAAUCUUUCAGAAGGAAAAAGGGAAAUGGUUCAGUUGAGAUCAGUGGUGUUCUUCCUGAUUAAUUAAAAUGCUAGAAACA